AUGUAUCGACUUCCAAGUAACAUAAACAAUGAACCGAUUUUCAAUGAUUUUAAUGAUACAAGUGUAGUAAGCUUUAAUCCCCAAACUGGAAAGAUAACAAUGUCCUGUAGUGUAUCUGAACUACCCCCGGGGUGUAGACUCCGCGGCAUGGGCUCCGCAGUACAAAGUGGUUCACUUAAUAAAUCAUUGACUGGUGGACAGGACUCUUCAAAUGGUGCACUACCGAGAUCGCAAAGACCCUGUUAUUUUUGUUGGUGUUGUUGCUGUAAUUGUUCAUGUUUGGCAAUAAAAAAUAAUGAUGAUAAUGGACCAACGAAAAAGGAUCCGGCGAAUUCUGAAUUAUUAUUAGAUGGUGAACAGCCAACAUUAGAAGAAAUAAGAAGUUGGUCUAAAAGUUUCGAUAAACUUAUGAGAAGUCCAGGUGGACGGAAAAUAUUUCGCGAUUUUUUACGUUGUGAAUAUAGCGAAGAAAAUAUCCUCUUUUGGCUGGCUUGUGAGGAGCUGAAACAGGAAACGAAUCCUGAGGCCAUAGAGGAAAAGGCUAGAUAUAUUUAUGAAGAUUAUAUCUCAAUAUUAUCACCAAAAGAGGUAUCAUUAGAUUCUCGAGUAAGAGAAAUAGUUAAUAGAAAUAUGGUAGAACCAACUCCGCACACAUUUGAUGAGGCUCAACUACAAAUUUAUACAUUAAUGCAUAGAGAUUCGUAUCCAAGAUUCAUCAACUCACCAUUAUUUAAAACACUGGCGCAAAUAUCAGAAGGAUCAACGGCAUCAAAUGCUGAAAGUCCCGCAUGAGCAAGGCAUACACCUACAUAGGUAAUUUACUAAUUAAAACUAAAGUUAUUUGAAUAACAAAACAAAAAAAAACAUGAGCGCAUAAAAGAAGAAAAAAAAUUAAGGAACAAAGAAGAAAAGAAAAAUUAUGUAAUAGUUAAAGUAAUAAUGCAAAUGGAUAUAACAUUAUUAUGAUGAUCGUGACUAAUGUUCAAAC